CAGGAGUUUCAGAGGUAUCUCGCCAAUGCCAGGCGGGUGGUGAUUGUGGGAAAUGGAGGCAUCGCACUGGAAUUGGUGUGAGAAUCUCAUUUUUAUCAAAUUGUGCUUCGUAAUUUAUUGUUUAGCGCUCAUUAUUUUACUUCAUAAUUGAUAGAAGGUAAAGAGACACUCCACAGCAUAAAUCCAAAAUACGUAAAAUUCACUAUUUAGUAGAUAUACCCAAAUGAGAACUUGCAUGCAUUUAAUUACUAUAAUUUUAAUUAUGCAUUUUUUUUAAUUGGGCGUUUAUCGAAGAUCUCUUGUCUGCAGCCUUGGCAAGCUCCUCCCCUUCUAACCCCGCCCAGACUUCCCGUGGCUGUCCAAUCACAGACUUCCCAAUGCAGCUUAAUGAGAAGUCUUUGUAAGGCAGGUGCUCUGGGCAAUUGCUACCUCCUUGAGUGUAUCUCCACUGAGCUAAACAAACCAGGAAGUAACAGGACCGGUUAUUUUACAUCAGUUUUAAAUAACAAUGUAUUCAUUAAACCAGAAAUUGUGAAGAACAAAGGUCCAGAAAUGAAAUUGGCCCUUUUUAAAAGUGAGAAAGGGAGGAGACUUUAACCCCUACAUUACUUUAGCAAGCCGUAAUGCUUUGGGGGUUUGGGGAGUUCCUUUAAACACUGAUUUGUGAAGCAGACUUUGUGCAAUGAUUGGAAGGGCCCUUAGCCACAUAGUUAGAUCCUUCCAAUGUGAGCGUGUGUUUAUUUACAGCAGUGCCAGAUAUGGAGUUAUCGCUGCACCAUAACCACUGCAAUCAUACAGAUGUGAUAUGGGGCUUAGAGUAAUCUUUUAAUGUCUCCUGAAGUGACCCCUUUCUGUACGUGAAUUGAGACUCUUUGUUUGGAUCUCUCUGUCUGCAGCUAUGAGAUCGAGGGCUGUGAGGUCAUCUGGGCCAUUAAAGACAAAUCUAUCGGAAACACUUUCUUUGACGCUGGAGCAGCACAAUUUCUAAUCUCACAGCUCAGAGCUGAUAAGGCAGCAACAUCUCUGACCUGCAAGAGAAGCCGUUACACAAUGGAUGUCCCUGCCAGUGAGUUUCAUUCAUUUAUUCCUCACAGGAUAAUAACGACACGGAGAGAGCUGGGACGUGGGAUGUAGACAGAUAUAGACGUAAUAACAUCACUAUGUCAAUAAAAAAAAAAAAAAUCUGUUAUAUUACGUUAAAAAGGAUUCCCAAUGCUUAUAUUAGAGACUGCAGAAAUUACCACGUUGUCACGUAUUCAUCUGCUUACAAAAAUGUGGUUAAUGACAUUUACUGUCCACACAAAUGAGAUCUGGUAAUUGCCUUUGGGGUCAAAGGCCGGUUACAGCCUAUCAGACCUAGAGGAGGGGUAUUUAGGCCCAGUUCUCAUCCUGCUCAGUGCCCUGUCGUGGUUUCCCUUGUGGUUGUCUGAGAGCGCGUUAUUGAUCCUGGUUAUUCUGGUUAUUUGACUUUGGCAUUGUUUUUGACUUCCCUGUUUUCUGGCAUCCCUGACUCCUGGCGUUUCCUUAUCGUUGUGUCUCUUUUUGUUUCCCUUGACCUUGGCUAUUCCUGACUAUUCUUUGGUACGUUAGUCCGGCCAUUCUAAGGUCCGGUAUACGUUACCUAUCAGUCCUCAUUCUGUAAUCCUGACACACGUACCCUAACACAGUGCGACAAUCACACUCCGUAUAAUAGCACCUAAUUCAGAUGUAAAACUGAGCUUUAUUGGAUUAAACACCAUUUCCUUUUCUCCUGACAGGUUUUGUAGCUCAUUUAUACAGAGUGCAUUUAUUUCUAUUUACCUGUUAUUUCCUCAACAAAAUAAUGCGUAGAAAUGGUAAACGCAUUUUAUUAAUGACACUUGUUAGAGUGCGGAAAUGGAAUUUACUAUCCCCGACUUCAAGCAGGAAUGACUCCUGGGUGGGUGGAAGUUACUAUCCCCGACUUGUAACUCCCGUGUCUGUCCAUUUUAGGCAGGAAUGACUCCUCGGUGGGUGGAAGUUACUAUCCCCGACUUGUAACUCCCGUGUCUGUCCAUUUUAGGCAGGAAUGACUCCUCGGUGGGUGGAAGUUACUAUCCCCGACUUGUAACUCCCGUGUCUGUCCAUUUUAGGCAGGAAUGACUCCUCAGUGGGUGGAAGUUACUAUCCCCGACUUGUAACUCCUGUGAAUGUCCAUUUUAGGCAGGAAUGACUCCUCGGUGGGCAGCGCUCUGGGUCCAGACUGGCACGAAGGGCUGAAGCUUAAAGCCACAGAGGAGGUUGGUUUACACCCUCCCUGAUUGUUGUCCACCUAGAAAAGCUGUACUUUAAUCUAAUGUGAUUCUAUUCCUCUCGUUUUUUACUCUGCGUAGUUUUCCCAUUGUGUUCACAUAGAGGCUGAAUGUGAGGUGAAGCAAAUUUUUCUUCAAGAGGAGUUUAAAAAAUUGAACAUGACCACAUUUUCUCCACCAAACAAAGAUGGGAGCCGCACUCCAGACCCCAGUGAGUAG